GACCCUGGCUCGUGAGUUUGGCGGUAGAUUAAACUGUUUGGCUUUCUGUGAUCUGUUUAUUGCUGGUUAUGGCGAAACAAACUGAUAAUUAUUUCAACAUAGAUGGUAUUCUAGCAACACAGGAAAAAAUACCUUGUAAAGUGGAACUACCAAUUUACAGACUAGGAUAUUUGGAUAGCAGUUCUGAUAGUGAUGAUCUUCUACCAGGAACCAAGUUAGAAUUGCCAUAUUGGAUGGCCAGAGGUCUGUGCAGUAGAAGACGCCAGAUUGUUAGUAUUGAAAUGCCAAAACAAUAUCGUGAAGGUUACAGAGAAAUAUUAACAGCUGAUGCCACGGUUGUAGAUUUACAUCAACUGGGUCCAUAUUUCUACAGUUUCGGAACAGAUCUGUUAAACUUUGACCACCCUGAAGUAAAUGAUAUUGCCAAAUGUCUGAUCAAGACGAUGCAAACAAGAAUUAGAACUAUCAUGGACUCAUCUCAGAACUCAUUUAAACUAGACACAUCAAAUAUAACUUCUAAACUAGACGAAAUGGAAAAACAUUUAUUUAAUGCAGGGCAGCAUGGAUUAAUAGAGUUUCAAAAAUGGGAAACUCGAGAAACGGAAAAACUUGUGACUUCGGAAAUGGUGAAAAAACAUCGGAAACGUAAAAGAAUUAUGAUGGAAACAUCCUAACAGAACUCACUGACAUAAUUCAAACAUUUGUUAUUUAUAUUUGUUUAUAAUGAAUUUACUAUAAUUAAUAUUAUAUUUAUAAAAUAAAACAAUGAAAUGGGGUUUAA